GAUGACGACCAACACAACAGAUGACGCAACGAGGUUGACAGAUUUAGAUGCCGCAAUCAGUAGAUUAUCAGCAGUUAAGAAAGGCUAUCUCGAUGAUCCAUAUGCAGAAUUAUUGAUUGGACGUCUUGCCCGUGCACAAGAUCAAAAUAGACCGCCAAUUAUUAACAUUGGUACACAUGUUAGAGUCUAUUCUAUAGAUAAAUUAAUAAAUAAAUACUUAUCUGGAUUCGAUAAUGUACAAAUAAUAAGUUUAGGUGCAGGUUCAGAUACGAGAUUUUGGAGAUUUAAUAAUGAUGAACGCAUAAACAACUACAUUGAAAUAGAUUUUGAUGAAGUCACAUCAAAGAAGGCAAUGCUUAUUAAUAGGAAUAAGGAGCUGAAAUCAAUAUUAGGUAAUGAUAUAAAGAUAGAGAAAGGCGGUUCAAGAUUGAUUAGCUCCAAAUAUAAGCUCAUACCCGGUGAUUUGAGAAAAGUUGAUAUUAAUGACUUACUAGAACCUUACAAGAAUAAGGAUGAUCCAACUAUAAUUAUUUCAGAAUGCGUCUUCGUUUAUAUGUCAAUUGAUUCAACAAAUAAAAUUUUAGAAUCUUUUAGCAGAGAAUUCAAAGAAAGCUUAGUCAUUAUAUACGAAAUGACUAACUUAGAUGAUAAAUUUGGUAAAGUUAUGAUAUCAAACUUGAAGGUAUGUAAAUAUUCUAUAAUUCUGUCACCUAAAUAUGUCUUAGUCAAGAGGAAUUGAAUUACCUGGGUUAAUGAAUGAUCAAUUAGAUAGAUUAAAACGAUGUGGCUAUAACCAAGUUGAAUCAAACGCUUUAAACUCAAUUAGACAUAAACUACCGUAUGAAGAGAAGGCAAGGAUAAAUAAUCUGG